AUGCAGAGCUUCCAGCCAGAUGUGAACUCGCUGAAUCUGUACUGGACUUGGUCGAUUGUGUUGAGUGCCUUGAGCUGCCAACGUUGCCGGUUUUCACUAUCAGACUCAAUUCCGAAGCAAAAGGCCAAGGAGUCGCUCUCGCAGUUUACGAGCGACGGAAAGACGUUCGAAGCUGAGAAACGCGAGGAGCAGCGCCGUCUGGAGGAGAUCGAGCGCAAGAAGGAGCAGGACACCAAGAACCUUCACGCUACCACGACGUACUCAACCGAAUACGAUCACUCGUACAACCACCACGUUAAACAACGCGAAACUACGACAAAAGCGGAGCAAGAUGCGCAGAAGGCUCUGAGGAAUUUCGCUGGAGGCAAAACGUACUUUGAGGAGCAGCUAGAGGAGAAGAAGCGGAUGCAGGAACUGGAGCGACAGAAAGAACAACACGCCAAGGAGGCGUCGGCGAAGAACAACUACUCGUCGCCCGAUUUCGAUCACGCUUACGUCCAUGCGAAGGAGGUUGCGCAGGUGGAGAAAGAGGCCGAGGAAAAGGCCAAAGCUGCGUUGCUAAAGUACGAUCAGCACGACGUCUCGCAUGAGUAUAUCAUGAAAAACGGCAUGAUGGUGUCCAAGCAUGCCAGCGGGUCUGGAACCCCCAAUGCCAAGCGCUAUCCUUUCACAGACCCUGCUGCACGGAUCAAGAAGCCUAGUCCUCAAGCUAUGAAGGCGCUGGCGAGAUUCCAAGAGCAGCUCGCUGAGAGCCGUGCACGUGAGGAACGUAAAGCGUCCGAGGAAGCGUUGCGCAAGGCAUCGUGGGAGUCUGGCCGCAAAAUGUCGAUUGAAUCGGUGGAAUCUAUGGGGUCGGUACGCAAGCAAUCCUUCGAUGAAGUUGAUAUUGAACAGAUCAAGGCUUCUGUCGAUGAAGCCAAGCUCGACGUGAGGUCUGCUGCUCAGAAGUUUGCUGCGAUGGAUCGUAAAGCUGCUGAACUGGCCAAGCAGAGUAAGAAGCCGAUGACGUUCAACGGUGUAUCCUAUGGUCACAGUGGACGAGUCUUUCGUACGAAAGAGCAGGAUCAGAAGGAGACUCAGCGCAAGAACGACAUGGCUACACGGAUCCAGUCCCGUGUGCGUGGAGCAAUGGCUCGCGAAGCCUAUAACGAAAGAGUGUCGUCUGCGGAGAGAAUAGCAAUCCGCAUCCAAACGGAAUUCCGACGACGUCAAGCUCAGAAGCAACUAGAAGACCUUCGCCAACGGCUACAGCGUGAACAAGAGUGCGCUGUUGUUAUCCAGAAGCUUAUGCGCGGCCGCUCGCAACGGAACCGCUAUCAGACUGAGCUCGCUCAGGACGAAAGGCCAGGAACGAGGCGGUUUGUCUUCGUAAAGAGCGCGAUGCAGCAACUGUUAUUCAGUCCGCGUUCCGGACAAGAGCUGCCAAAUCACAAGCUGAAACUCUACGAGCUGCAGUUGUUCGACUACAAUGCGCAUGGCGUCAAUCGAUAG